UGGUGUGACUCCCCUGCUAUGGAGGAAGUGGCUAUGAAUGUCCCCAGUGUACAUUUUGAAGCCAGCAUAUCUCCCAAGAACCGCUGUCUGAGCUGCUGCCACCCUGAGAAGGUUCAUGGAGCAAGAGAGCAGAGCACUUCUGCCCACCCAGGGCGCUGCCAGGGCUACAGCCACUGUCCCAGGCGCCGGGCUCCAGGGUCCCCAGGGAGACUCCCACCAGGCCUGCUCUCAGGAGCCUCACAGUCCUUCCAGUGCCGAGGCACCUUACUGCGACCUGCCCUGCUGCCCGCCGGCCCCUCAGGACCCACUUGGAACUACCACCUGUGCUGGCCACUCUGUGGAAGGCCUUGACCUCAGGCAGGGCCCUCAGAGGGGCUGGUCCCCAACAGCAGCUCUCCCUGCGGAGGGCCCUGCAACAGCCCCAAGGAACAGGCACCAGGACCCUGAGGCAUUACCCUAUCUGGAGGGCCUGGCCUGUAGUAGCCGUGACAACGAGGGCGCCAACUCUGACACCAGCUCCAGCCAGGACAGCAGUACCCCUCAUGAGACCAGUAAUUCUUCCUCUGUGGAUUGGGACACUGUUGAGAGGCCAGGGGUCGUCUCCAACGCGUACAGACUCAACGUGAUGAUUCCGAGGAGGCCUCAGGAGGGGUUGAGAGCUGACAGUGCUCGAAGGAUCACCAAGUCCCCUGCCAGAGGGGACACAGUGGGCCAGAGAAAGGAAGAUUCCGGCAGUGGGGGACAGAGUGCUGGCCAGCACUGGGCAAAGCUGCGGGCAGAAAGCAGCUACUUCUCCUUGGAGCGACGUCGCGCAGGGCAAACCCAGGCUUCUUCUGGGACACCACUGAGUGGGCCUCGGACCACCACCCAGGCUGCUUCUGCUCAGAGAAAUGUCUUCCAGGAUGUUUCUGCACCAGAAACCUCCCAAGUUCCCUCUCUAUCCCAUAACACCCAAAGAGACACCUCCAGGAGCUUAGUCACACAGCGGAAUAGCCCCGGAACGUCCUCUCCUUCAAGAGUUUCCCAAAGGGACAUUCACAGAACCAUGUCCACCCAGCAAAACAGCACUCCACUUUCCUCUGCCCUCAGAGCCACUUCAGAGAGCCUCAAGUCCUCUACACCCAAAGAUGGCCCCCACAUUGCAUCAUCUCCUUGUGCCCAAGCCUCCUCUGUCAACAGAACCACCCAGCGGGACAACCCCAGGACUCCCUGUGCCCAGAGUGACAACCCCAGAAGCUCCUCUCCCAACAGAACCACCCAGCGGGACAACCCCAGGACUCAAUGUGCCCAGAGGGACAAUCCCAGAAGCUCUUCUCCCAACAGAACCACCCAGCGGGACAACCCCAGGACUCUAUGUGCCCAGAGGGACAAUCCCAGAAGCUCUUCUCCCAACAGAACCACCCAGUGGGAUAACCCCAGGACUCCCUGUGCCCAGAGAGACAACCCCAGAACCUCUUCUCCCAACAGAACCACCCAGCGGGACAACCCCAGAACUCUUUGUGCCCAGAGGGACAACCCCAGAAGCUCUUCUCCCAACAGAACCACCCAACGGGACAACCCCAGGACUCCCUGUGCCCAGAGGGACAACCCCAGAACCUCCUCUCCCAACAGAACCACCCAGCGGGACAACCCCAGGACUUCCUGCAUACCACAGAACACCCCCAGGACCCCUUCUACCCAAGGAGACAAGACUACAGCCUCCUGCAGCAGAUGGGAGCAUCUCCGAAGUGCCUGUACCCAAAAAGACAACCCAGGACCAUCAUCUCCCCGCCGUGCCACUCAGGGCAAUAGCUCCAGGAACCCUUCUCCCCACCGUACCAACAAAGAUAUCCCUUGGGCCUCCUUUCCCCUUCGGCCGACCCAGAGUGGUGGUCCUCGAACCUCAUCUCCACCUCGCACCAAACAAAAUCAGGUGCCUUGGGCAUCCAUUUCUCUCCGACCAACCCAAGUGGACAGGUCUCAGACAUCAGCUCCUACCAAACUAGCCCACCACGACCCUCCCCAACACUAUUCCCCAUCCCUAGCCUCCUCCUCUCAUAACCCAGGCCUUCCCAGUGCCUCUCGGACUUCAUCACCUCUGCACCCAGCACGAGGGGCUCCCCAGACUGCUUCAGAGCCCUUCCAGCCACCGUGCGCCGUGUGCAUUGGGCACAGGGAUGCACCUCGCGCCUCUUCGCCCCCUCGCUAUUUUCAGCAUGACCCUUUCCCCUUUUUUCCAGAUCCCCGCUCUUCUGAGAGCGAAUUGCCCCACCACGAACCCCCCUACAUGCCACCUGCAGUGUGUAUUGGGCACCGUGAUGCCCCCUGGGCCACUUCACCACCUCGUCAUGCCCAGUUCGAUCCCUUCCCCUUCCUCCCAGACACGUCAGAUGCUGAGAACGAGUCCCCUCAGCAUGAUCCCCCACAAUUUCCCCCACCAGUAUGCAUUGGGUACCGUGAUGCCCCCCGGGCCUCUUCCCCACCACGCCAGUUCCCAGAGCCCUCCUUCUUCCAGGAUCUCCCCAGGGCCAGCACAGAGAGCCUGGUCCCUUCCACAGACUCUCUGCAUGAGCCUCCCCACAUCCCCACUCCUGUAUGUAUUGGCCACAGAGAUGCCCCCUCCUUUUCCUCCCCACCACGCCAGGCCCCUGAGCCUUCCCUCUUUUUCCAGGAUCCUCCUGGGACCAGUAUGGAGAGCCUUGCCCCUUCUAUUGACUCUCUGCAUGGUUCCCUACUGCUGCCCCCCCAAGUAUGCAUCGGUUAUCGGGAUGCACCCAGAGCCUCCUCUCCUCCCCGUCACCCGCCCAGUGAUUUAGGUCUCCUGGCUCCCUCCCCUCCCCCAGGUAGCUCAGGUUCUCGGGGCUCAGCACCCCCAGGGGAAACCAGACACAACCUGGAAAGGGAGGAGUACACCAAGCUGGCUGACCUGCCCCCGCCCAGGAGGCUGGCCCAGAGGGGGCCAGAGACCCAGGCACAGGGCAGCAACGAGGGCCGUACCCGCAGCCCUGGCCGGGCAGAGGUGGAGCGCCUCUUCGGGCAAGAGCGCAGGAAGUCGGAAGCACCAGGGGCCUUCCAGGCUCGGGAUGAGGGACGGUCACAGCGGCCCGGCCAAGGUCAGAGCCAACUUCGAAGACAGUCCAGCCCCACCCCCAGCAGGCAGGUGAUCAAGCCCUCUGUCAAGCAGGCAGAGCCAGCCCGGCGGAGCCGAACAGAGCCCCCACAUCCUAAGAGCCCCGAGAAGCGACCUGAGGUAGACCGGCGACUCCAGAGGUCCUCAGCACCUGUCAGGACAUCAGCCCAGUCCCCCGAGAGGAAGGCUCAGACAGAGAGACAUCUAGAGAGUGGCUGCACUGGCCUAAGGCAGCCUCUGGGAGGGUGGCAGAGUCAGGAGGAGCUGUCAAGACCCCAGAGUCCUAACAGACACCCAGAGAAGAUCUGGGGCAGCCAGGAGGGUCCAGGCCUGGGGGGCUGGCCAGAACUUGAGAGUUCCAGCCUGGAGGGGAUAUGGAGGGGUCCUGCCCAGGAGCACAGGGAAAGGUGGGGGCAGUCAGAGGCCUGGGAGCAACCUCCCAGUAAUGGGCAACAGGGGGGUUCCCCAAGGGGCCAAGGUAGCCUUCAGGAGUUGUCCAGGCCUCACCAGCCUACAACCCCACCAGACAGCUCUUGGGCAGGCCCAACAGAAUGCUUGUGUGCCCGGCAGCCUGAGGCCACCACCGCCACAGGCUGGAGGGCUGAGGGAGCAUCUCCACAUCAGUAUAGCCCUGAGAAGUCACCCGACCUAGACUGGAGGGACCUGCUGGGCCUUCUCCGGGCACCUGAGGAUGGAGCCUGGACCCGGCUCCCAAGUCUGGACUGGGAAGGCCUGUUGGAGCUCUUGCAGGCUCGGCUACCCCAAAAGGACUCAGCCAGGGCUUUAGGACCAGAGUUGGGUUCCCCGGGAACAGAGGACACCCUGAAGACAGAGCCACCGACCCAGCCUGAAGGAUGGGCCAAGGUUGCCCAAGCCAAUGGACAUAGCCCUGGGCAGCAGUCGGAGGGUCCAGCACAGCUACCCAGCCCUGCCUGUACCUCCACCCAGUGGCCAACAACCAAAGUGACAAGUGGACCAGAAACUUCAACUCUGGCUGCUCUGGAGCAAACAGAUCACCUAGAGAGCCACAGCCCACCUGACCUGGCGGCAGGGCCAUCGCCUGAUGCUCAGAGGAGGCCAGAGGAGCCUGAGGCAUCAGAACCAAGCAGAGGCGAAGACUCACUGGCUGACCAGAAGCAGGCUGACUCGGCAGCCAAGAGGCCAGCAGAGGGCAAGGCUGAGAGCCCACUCAAGGGCCGACUGGUGACUUCGUGGCGGAUGCCAGGGGACCGGCCCGCGCUGUUCAAUCCAUACCUGCUGUCUCUGGGGGUCCUCAGGUGGCAAAGGCCCGACCUGCUCAACUUCAAGAAGGGAUGGAUGUCGAUCUUGGAUGAGCCUGGAGAGAGCCCUGCCCCUUCCCUCGUCUCAUCUCCUCCUUCACAGUGGAAAAAGCAUUGGUUUGUGCUGACGGAUUCAAGCCUCAAAUAUUACAGGGACUCCACCGCUGAGGAGGCGGAUGAACUGGAUGGUGAGAUCGACCUGCGCUCCUGCACAGACGUCACGGAGUACGCGGUACAGCGCAACUAUGGCUUCCAGAUCCAUACCAAAGAUGCCAUUUAUACCUUGUCGGCCAUGACCUCGGGCAUCCGGAGGAACUGGAUUGAGGCUCUCAGGAAGACUGUGCGUCCAACUUCAGCCCCAGAUGUCACCAAGCUCUCAGAUUGCAAUAAGGAAAACACGCUGCGUGGCUAUGGCACCCAGAAGGGUUCCCUGAAGAUAGGCGAACAGCGGACAGGCUCUGAAGUUAUCGGCCGCGGUGGCCCUCGCAAAGUGGAUGGACCACGACAGUCGCUGGACUACGUGGAGCUCUCUCCAUUAACGCCAAGCUCCCCCCAGCGCGUGCGCACUCUGUCCCGCUCUACUCCUGAGCGCCCAACCAAACAUGAGGAUCUGGAGCGGGACCUGGCUCAACGUUCUGAGGAAAGACGCAAGUGGUUUGAGUCCACGGACAGCAGGACGCCAGAGACGCCCAGUGGUGAUGGGCCUCGGAGGGGCCUGGGAGCCCCCCUAACUGAUGACCAGCAGAGCCGCCUCAGUGAAGAGAUUGAAAAGAAGUGGCAGGAAUUGGAAAAGCUGCCCCUGCGGGAGAACAAGAGAGUGCCACUCACUGCCCUGCUCAACCAAGGACACAGCGAGCGACGGGGGUCCCCAAGUGACAGCCAUGAAGCCCUGGAGAAGGAGGUCCAGUCUCUCCGUGCCCAGCUGGAGGCAUGGCGUCUCCGAGGAGAAGCGCCUCAGAAUGCCCCCAGACCCCAGGAUGACAGCCAUGUCCCUCCAGGCUACAUCUCUCAGGAAGCCUGUGAGCGCAGCCUGGCAGAGAUGGAGUCCUCACACCAGCAGGUGAUGGAGCAGCUGCAGCGGCACCAUGAAAGAGAGCUACAGCGGCUGCAGCAAGAGAAGGAAUGGCUGCUAGCCGAGGAGACGGCAGCCACAGCCUCAGCCAUUGAAGCCAUGAAGAAGGCAUAUCAAGAAGAGCUGAGCCGGGAGCUGAGCAAAACACGGAGUCUCCAGCAGGGUCCAGAUGGCCUUCGGAAGCAACACCAGUUGGACAUGGAGGCACUGAAGCAGGAGCUGCAGGUGCUGUCUGAGAGGUACUCCCAGAAGUGCCUGGAGAUCGGGGCCCUGACACAGCAGGCGGAGGAGCGCGAGCACACCCUGAGGCGCUGCCAGCAAGAGGGCCAGGAGCUGCUGCGCCACAACCAGGAGCUACACGCCCACCUGUCGGAGGAGAUCGACCGUCUGCGCAGCUUCAUCGCCUCACAGGGCACGGGCAACAGCUGCGGGCGCAGCAAUGCAAGGAGCUCCUGUGAGCUGGAGGUGCUACUGCGAGUCAAGGAGAAUGAACUCCAGUACCUGAAAAAGGAGGUGCAGUGUCUCCGGGAUGAGCUCCAGGUGAUGCACAAGGACAAGCGCUUCACGGGGAAGUACCAGGAUGUGUACGUGGAGCUGAACCACAUCAAGACACGCUCGGAGCGCGAGAUCGAGCAGCUGAAGGAGCACCUGCGCCUGGCCAUGGCUGCCCUGCAGGAGAAGGAGGCUGUGAGAAACAGCUUGGCUGAGUAGAGGUCCCUGUGGUUCAGCUCAACUGAGAACCCUCUGGCCCCAGGGGACCAGCCACCCUCCUCCUCUACAGAAGUCAGAAGCCAAGCUUUGUCCCCACCCUGAGUCACAUGUGCACUCACACCUGCCACACACACACACACACACACACACACACACAUGCACACACAUACAUGUACACACACACACUGCGGAUCUGAGCUCGUCCCUCGCACUGGGUCUUACCUUGCACCUUCUUCAGGAUUUUAUAUGUGAAGAGAUUUUUAUAUAGAACUUUGCCUUUUUUUUUUUCUAAAACACUUUAAACUUUUUUAAAAGGCAUAUCUCUUGGUGGCGUGUGCCUCUAGCACUGGCUCCUGUCCCUUCUAGUCCCCUGCUUGGGCCUCCUUCCUACCCUGGGCAUCUUGCAAAGGCCCAAGCAGGGCCAGGGUGAGUUGCCCAGAGGGAAAAGACUGGGAGCAGCCCUCUCUUCCUGCCCUACCUCUGCUAACUACUUCUGCCCUGGCCAGGUCCACACCAUGGCCUCUGGACUGGGGAACGAGUGGACAGAGAGAGGAGCCUGUAGCUGUCUCCAUAGCUCCACUCCUCUGAGGGGCGCUGGGUGUGGCCUACUAGCGCUACCCAUGAAGACGUAUCUCUCCUGUUCCAUGAGUCACCCUAACUUAAUAAAACCUUCCAGCAACUCUG